AUGCACCGAACUAAUUUGCGACCACCAACUUCUCCGUAUCCCGGCCCGGGUGUAGGAGGCUGGGGUAGUGGAAGCAGCUUCCGGGGUACCCUGGGCAGGGGGCCGCGGCCGCCCUCCCCACGGGACUGGUACGGGAGUCCGCACCAGACUCCGCCUUGCGGGCCCCGGGCUAGGCCCAACUGGAGUAACCACUCUCCGCGGCUGGGCGGCAGCUUCUCGGGGACCCACUUCGGGUCUUCGUCCCCGGGCGGCUACCCAGGCUCCUACUCCAGGUCCCCUGUGGGAUACCAGCAUCAGUUCGGCUACUCCCCAGGGCAGCAGCAGACCCACCCCCAGGGUUCUCCAAGGACAUCUACACCAUUUGGAUCAGGGCGUGGUAGAGAAAAAAGAAUGUCUAAUGAGUUGGAAAGUUAUUUUAAGCCUUCAAUGCUUGAAGACCCUUGGGCUGGCCUAGAACCAGUGUCUGUAGUGGAUAUAAGCCAACAGUACAGCAAUACGCAAACAUUCACAAGCGAAAAAGGAAGAUACUUUUCUUAACUUUUCUGAAAUUCAACUGGAAGCUUCAUGUGUCAGGAGCAUCUUGGACAGAACUUUACACAACUUGUGUAAAUGAGUUGAACCCAAAGAUGCCUGUGCUACGUGGUGGUGGCAUACACCUUCAACGCCAGCACUGGGAGGCAGGCAGGCGGAUCUGAGUGUGAGGCCAGCCUGGUCUACAGAGUGUGUUUCAGGACAGCCAGGGCUACACAGAGUAACCCUGUCUCAAAAAAAGAAAGAAGAUGCCUGUGAUCAAGGGAUCACAACUAUUUAAUCUUUCUCCCAUUUUACAAAAGAAACCAAUGGUAAAAUUUGUUUUCCAAAAUGGGCUCAACAGUAUUUCAAGUCCCAUAUACUCUUGCAGAAUUCUGCCACUUCCCUAUCAAGAAGAUGUGUCGUUUUGAACUUUAUCAGACAUUUCUUACUGUCCUGAUUAAAGGAGUAUGAUGAAGUUUAUUUUUAUUAUGAGUGAAACAUUUCAUACAGACUGUUACACUUGCAUAUGGAAAUGUUCAGAAUCCAGAUGUUUUGACCAGUAAAGGA